AUGGCGGACGGAAUUAUUCAGACAUAUCAUGUUUGGAUACUGAUGUGUGGUUUAAUAGGAUUGGUGAGCGCCGGGAACAUCAUGGAUCGGUCACGUCUUCACAAAUCUUUAUUGCAUGACGCGUAUGACACGACCGUGUUCCCUGGGUCCAGCGACAGUCCACUGGAGGUAAGUGUCCAAUUCAGGUUGGUAGCCUUUAAUGACUUCGACGAAAAGGCGGGUCGUUUUGCAGCUUCCGGAUUCCUGAUAACGGAAUGGAAGGACGAACGAAUUAUUUGGGACCCCAGUGAUUUUGGAAAGAUUUCCUCCACCCAGCUGCCUCAGAGCCGCGUGUGGACUCCUAAUAUCAUUGUGUGGAACUCCUACAACAGGGUUCGUCCGCUUGGAUAUGACACAUUACCAGUGUGGUAUAACCAUUCUGGUGACGCUGUGUGGGAACCAGGGAAUCUGUUUGAAACAAGCUGUGACGCGAAGGUUCGAACAUUUCCCUUCGAUGUCCAGUCAUGCACGAUUAACAUUUUCUCAUACGCUUAUCUGGAAAACGAGAUUAACUUUACAGCUGCAGGUAUUGAUGAUUCGAACUAUGAGACGAACGGGUUGUGGGAUAUAGUCUCUGUCAAUAUGUUUGAAGUACCAAGUGAUAUCGGAACCAACGAGAAACUAAUGAUAGAAAUACAGUUUGUCAGACGAUCUACCUUCCAUGUUAUCCAUACUCUGGUACCUUUGAUCAUAAUAAGUGUCCUCAAUAUUCUUGUUUUCAUUAUUCCAGUAGACAGCAGUUGUAGGAUUGACUACGCAGUGACUAUGUUGUUGACUCUUUCCGUUUUUCUGACUGGGGUAUCGAGCACACUUCCGGAAUCGUCACUCCCAUAUAUCUCUUACUUUUCAGUACUGAUUCUUAUUCAAAUUAUAUCAAGUUCUCUUAUACUUGUAUGUGCAAUAACUAGUUUCUCUUUGGGGUCACACAGCGAAACCUGUCUUCGUCUACUAACGUUUGUUUUGAAACCGUUCAUGUCUUUGGUGGCCGUACCUAAACAUUCAACUCCAGAAAAUUCCAACAAAGGUACUGAAAUGGAGUCUCCUGACGGAGACAAAGUUUGUAAUGAGAACGUUAAAUCAUUGGAGGCUCAGAUUAGCCUUGUUUCAAGAUUGUUCGAUUACAUAUGCAUUGUCUUGUUCUCAUUGGAAGUGGUCAUCGUUAAUAUGGUUUUCUUCAUUCUAACUAACACAUAG